AUGACUUCCCUCACCUCCAAACCAAUGGAUAGCGACGCCAAAUCCAUCAUCUCCAUGCAAGAGCUAGACCCUUCACCCGUGGACGACUCAACCUCCGACCUAGACACUCUCGAAAGCGGCGAAUACACUCCCAAACCCAUUGAAGAACCAAAACACCGCACCUGCGGUCUUUCUUCGACAUUGGGCCUACGACCCCAUCGCUGGGAUGCCUUGUUAUCCGGUAUCCAACGAUACUCCACAUACCCGCCAACAGCCUUCUUCAUCCUCCAUUUCGCAAACACAUCCCUAAUCCCCCUCCUCACCCAAUCCAUCCCCGCCAGCGAACCCUACCUCCUCCUCACGCGACCAGUCUACCAAGCCCCGGGUCUGGAACACCUCGUCCUCACCCUCCCCGUCCUCGCGCACAUCGCCUCAGGAAUCGCCCUACGCAACAUCCGCGCAACCCGCCGAGCCCGUCUCUAUGGCGCAGAAACCCGUUCCCAGCGUGAUCUUCUCCGCUGGUGGCCGCGGACCUCCCUCCAAGCCAAGACAGGCUUCCUCCUCACGCCACUAAUCGGUCUUCAUGCGCUCGUCAACCGCGCCACGCCCGUCAUGGUCGAGGGCGGGAGUUCCGGCGUCGGACUGGGAUACGUCGCGCAUGGUAUUGCGCGCAGUCCGAUCUUCUGGAAUAUCUUCUACCUGGUCUUUGUCGCGGCGAGUGUGUGGCAUUUUGUUGGUGGGUGGGCGACUUGGCUUGGGUGGAGGGUGACUACUGUGCGUAAGGAGCGCGGGUCUAAGGGCUCACUUGAGGGGUAUUUGGGGUAUCCGGAGAAUGCGGAUCGGGUGAGGAGGCAGCGGAAGAUUUGGUGGGUUGUUAAUGGGGUGGCGGCUGUUGGUGCUGCUCUUUGGUUGGCGGGUGCGUUGGGGAUUGUUGGGCGUGCGGGUGAGGGUGCUGGGUGGGAGGCGCAGGGGUGGAAUGAGCUUUAUACUCGGGUUCCGGUGAUUGGGCAGUGGUUGUAG